GCCCAUACCACAAUUUAACCCCGCCCACCGCCACAGGCUGUAUCAGUAUGAGGAAAUCCAGUUUCAGAGGGGCGUGGCUUACACUCGCCUAUUAAACUUUGGGUUUGGCUGCAAGUUUAGACUUCAGACUCAAACCCGAAGAGACAGACAUGAGCGCCAUGGUGCUGACAGCUGAGCUGCCAGCAUGCAGUAUGACUUCUGAAAUACCCAAAGAGGAGAAAAUAGAGGAGAACAGGCCAAAAUACACAGAGGUGGAGGAUAAGAAGAUUCAGGUGAAUGGAUCUCCUCCAGAAAAACACACCGAAGGAGAAAAAGACGUGAAGACCAUUGAAGAAAGCAAGAUUCAGAAAGACCUCAAGGAGAUUGAGGAGUCUAAAGAUCCUCAGAAAGAUGAUGAAGAUGAUGAGGAGGAGGAGGAGGAGGUUUUGGGGCCAGAUGUGGUCACCUGUGACUCCUGCAUCGAUAAGCCGUGCCGAGCUAAAAAGUCUUGCCUCACCUGUCUGGUGUCGUACUGCGAGUCUCACCUGAGGCCACAUCUGGAGAAUGCCAAGUUCCAGAGCCACAGGUUGGUGGAUCCUCUGCGGGACAUUGAGAGGCGGACCUGUGAAGCUCACCGCAGCCCGCUGGAGCUCUACUGCUGCAUGUGCUGCCUCUGCCCAGCCUGCGUCACAGAGGAGCACCUCGGACACCAAGCCCUGCCCAUAGCCGAGGCGCGCAGGAAUAUAGAGAAAGAGCUUCAGGACAAGCAGACAGAAAUGCUGAAGACGAUGACGGCCGCAGAAAACGCCAUUAACAAGCUGCAGGUCAACACUGUGUCUAUAGAGGGCUCAGUGCAGGAGGUGCGGGCUGUGAUGGAGGAGCAGUUCAGUAUCCUGCAGGCCGCAGUGGAGCAGGUGAAGCGGGAUGUGUGUGAGCUGCUGGAGGCGGAGGAGCGGCAGGCGCUGCGGCAGGCCGAUGGCAUACGGGUGCAUCUGGAGCAGCGCUGCGCUGAACUCAAGAAAACACAGAGCAGAGUCCAGAAGAUCAGCAAGAACAAGCACGACAUACACUUCCUGCAGGAGUAUUCAGAGUGGAAGAAGGAGGCAGUGGACGUGUCUUUGCCUGGGGUUUAUAUCGGCCUCGUGGAUCGACUGCAGGCGUUCAGUCACGUGAUCGUUCGCUCCACGAAUAGGAUGUGUGAUAAUCUGCACAGCUCGUACACCAACAAACUCAAAGACACCUGUAAGAACGAUAACGUGGGCAUUAAGACGACGGUUUUUGCUGUUAUGGCGGCAAAGAAGAACAUGAUGCUUCCAGACCCCAAAACCAGAGACGACUUCCUACAGUACGUCACUCCUCUGUCUCUGGAUGCCAAUACGGCGCAUGUGUUUCUGCGUCUGACAGAAGAGUGUAAGAAGGUGACCAACACCACACCAUGGCAGCACAGCUAUCCAGAUCUCCCAGAGCGCUUCCAGGACUUCAAGCAGGUGCUGACGCAGGAGAGCUUCUACCUGGGACGCCACUACUUCGAGGUGGACAUGAAGGGUGAAGGGACACAUGUGGGUCUGACCUACAAGAGCAUCGAUCGCAAGGGCUCACAGAGCAACAGCUGCAUCGCUGGAAACAACUUCUCCUGGUGUUUGCAGUGGAACGGCCGCAGCUUCUCCGCCUGGCACAGCGAUGUGGAGACGCCACUCAGCUGCCCCAAAACCACCCACAUCGGCAUCUACGUGGACUAUUCUGGAGGCCUUCUGGCUUUCUAUGACGUGGAGAAUGGGAUGACGCUCAUCCACAAGUACCAGGCAGAGUUUCUGGAGCCGCUUUAUCCUGCUUUCUGGCUCCCCAAGAAGGAGAACGUGGUGCUGCUGGAGCCUGGAGCUGCGUCUCCUCUGUCUUCUCCAUCUCCAUCUCCUGAUGCUUCCACUAAAUAAUCGUAGCUGGAUGUAUCCAUAUCAUUUCCAUGUUUUGCGGUCCUGUUUACAUCUGGGUUUGAUCUGUAGUCCUGGGGUCCGUUCUUCAUACCUCGCUGUAAUUAUUCAAGCUUGUCUUCUUUUUUUCUUGUGUAUAUUUAUAGUUAGACAGCUGAGUUUUGAUAGAAAAUGAAAAGUUGCUAUUUUUUAAUGCUGAUAUGUCUAUGAUGAGACUAUAAAAGAUGUAACCUAUGACUGAUGUUAAAGUGUUAUGACUGCUAGAGUGCACUUGAUUGAUUGAUGCCUGUUGAAAUGCCUUUACAUAUAUGUUGUAUAAUUCGAUAAUAAGUGCUGUGACGGAUAUCAAAGUAUCAUGACUGUUCUGUUUUAGCAUGUGGCUUAAAUAUAUGAUGCUAUGUAUAUCAUUUAAAAUAAAAAUGUUGCCAUUUAGAG